AUGAAUCCAAUUAAUGAUAGAAAAUCCGAUUAUUGGAAAUACCUUAAAAUGAAUCAAGGUGAAAGUGAUGCUUUCAAACUCACUGCAUCUGAUAAAAGAUACAUUUGGUAUAAUCCAGAUCCAAAAGAAAGAGAUAGUUAUGAAUGUGGUGAAAUCACCAGUGAAUCAGCUGAUACAUUCUCAUUCAAAACUGUUGAUGGUCAAGAAAGAUCAGUUAAAAAAGACGAUGCCAAUCAACGUAAUCCAGUCAAAUUUGAUGGUGUUGAAGAUAUGUCUGAACUUUCAUAUUUAAAUGAACCAGCUGUUUUCCACAAUUUACGUGUUCGUUAUAACAAAGAUUUAAUCUACACUUAUUCCGGUCUUUUCUUAGUUGCUGUCAAUCCAUUCAAAAGAAUUCCAAUCUACACUCAAGAAAUGGUUGAUAUCUUCAAAGGUCGUAGAAGAAAUGAAGUUGCUCCACACAUUUUCGCAAUUUCAGAUGUUGCCUAUCGUUCAAUGUUAGACGAUCGUCAAAAUCAAUCACUUUUAAUUACUGGUGAAUCUGGUGCUGGUAAAACUGAAAACACUAAAAAAGUUAUUCAAUAUCUUGCAUCAGUUGCUGGUCGUAAUCAAACCAACGGUGGUGGUGUUUUAGAACAACAAAUUCUUCAAGCCAAUCCAAUUCUUGAAGCUUUUGGUAAUGCCAAAACUACUCGUAACAACAAUUCAUCACGUUUCGGUAAAUUCAUUGAAAUUCAAUUCAAUAGUGCUGGUUUCAUUUCUGGUGCUUCCAUUCAAUCUUAUUUAUUAGAAAAAUCUCGUGUUGUUUUCCAAGCUGAUACCGAAAGAAAUUAUCACAUUUUCUACCAAUUAUUAGCUGGUGCCUCAGCUGAAGAAAAGAAAGCUCUUCACUUAUCUGGUCCAGAAUCAUUCAACUAUUUAAAUAAGAGUGGUUGUGUUGAUAUCAGAGGUGUUUCAGAUGUUGAAGAAUUCAAAAUCACUCGUAACGCUAUGGACGUUGUCGGUUUCUCACAAGAAGAACAACUCUCAAUUCUCAAAGUUGUUGCUGGUAUCCUCCAUUUAGGUAACAUUAAAUUUGAAAAAGGUGCUGGUGAAGGUGCUGUCCUCAAAGAUAAGACCGCUCUUAACUAUGCUUCAACUGUUUUCGGUGUUAACCCAGCUACUCUUGAAAAAUCUCUCAUUGAACCACGUAUUCUUGCUGGUCGUGAUUUAGUUGCUCAACAUCUCAAUGCUGAAAAAUCCUCAUCAUCAAGAGAUGCUCUUGUUAAAGCUCUCUAUGGUCGUCUCUUCCUUUGGUUAGUCAAAAAGAUCAAUCAAGUUUUAUGCCAAGAACGUAAAGCUUACUUUAUUGGUGUUUUAGAUAUUUCAGGUUUUGAAAUCUUCAAAGUCAAUUCAUUCGAACAAUUAUGUAUCAAUUAUACCAAUGAAAAACUCCAACAAUUCUUCAAUCACCACAUGUUCAAACUCGAACAAGAAGAAUAUCUUAAGGAAAAAAUCAACUGGACCUUUAUCGAUUUUGGUCUUGAUUCACAAGCCACUAUUGAUUUAAUUGAUGGUCGUCAACCACCAGGUAUUUUAGCUCUUUUAGAUGAACAAUCUGUUUUCCCAAAUGCCACCGACAGCACUUUAAUCACCAAAUUACACAGCCAUUUCUCCAAAAAGAAUGCCAAAUAUGAAGAACCACGUUUCAGCAAAACUGAAUUUGGUGUUACUCAUUAUGCUGGUCAAGUAAUGUACGAAAUUCAAGAUUGGUUAGAAAAGAACAAAGAUCCACUCCAACAAGAUCUUGAACUUUGCUUCAAAGACUCAUCAGAUAACGUUGUUACCAAAUUAUUCACUGAUCCAUCAAUUGCUUCACGUGCUAAAAAAGGUGCCAACUUUAUUACUGUUGCUGCUCAAUACAAAGAACAAUUAUCAUCACUCAUGGCCACUCUUGAAACCACCAACCCACAUUUCGUUCGUUGUAUUCUUCCAAACAACAAACAAUUACCAGCUCAACUCGAAGAUAAAUGUGUCCUCGAUCAAUUACGUUGCAAUGGUGUCCUCGAAGGUAUCCGUAUCACUCGUAAAGGUUUCCCAAAUCGUAUCAUCUAUGCUGAUUUUGUUAAACGUUAUUACCUUUUAGCCACCAAUGUUCCAAGAGAUGCUGAAGAUAGCCAAAAAGCUACUGAUGCCAUCCUUAAACAUCUUUCCAUUGAUCCAGAACAAUAUCGUUUCGGUAUCACCAAGAUUUUCUUCCGUGCUGGUCAAUUAGCUCGUAUUGAAGAAGCUCGUGAACAACGUAUCUCUGAAAUCAUCAAAUCAAUCCAAGCUGCUACUCGUGGUUGGAUCGCUCGUAAAGCUUACAAACAAGCUCGUGAACACACUGUUGCUGCUCGUAUCAUUCAACAAAAUCUUCGUGCUUACAUUGAUUUCAAAUCAUGGCCAUGGUGGAAACUUUUCUCAAAGGCUCGUCCAUUAUUAAAGAGACGUAACUUUGAAAAAGAAAUCAAAGAAAAAGAUAGAGAAAUCCUCGAACUCAAAUCAACUUUAACUGAUUCAUCAAACCAAAAAGAUAAAUUAGAAAAAUCACUCAAAGAUGCUGAAUCAAAUGUUUCUGAUCUCCAAAGACAAUUAAAAUCAGAAAAAGAAGCUCUUAAAGCUCUUUAUGAUGACAAAGAUGCUCUUGAAUCACAAAAACGUGAACUCCAAAUCCGUGUUGAUGAUAUGGAAUUAGAAUUAGACGAAAAGAAAUUAUCCAUCGAAAAUCUCCAAACCCAAAAACGUUCAGUCGAAGAAAAAGUUCGUGAUUUAGAAGAAGAACUCUUAGAAGAACAAAAACUCCGUGGUACUCUUGAAAAAUUAAAGAAGAAAUACGAAGAAGAACUCGACGAAAUGAAGAGAGUCAACGAAGGUCAAGCUGAUACCAUCACUCGUCUUGAAAAAAUCAAAGAUGAAUUACAAAAAGAAGUCGAAGAACUUACUGAUUCAUUCUCUGAAGAAUCAAAAGACAAGGGUGUUUUAGAAAAAACUCGUGUUCGUCUCCAAGGUGAAUUAGAUGAUUUAACUGUUCGUUUAGAUAGUGAAACUAAAGAUAAAUCUGAAUUAUUACGUCAAAAGAAGAAAUUAGAAGAAGAACUCAAACAAGUUCAAGAUGCUCUUGCUGCUGAAACUCAAGCUAAAGUUGCUCAAGAAUUAGCCAACAAAAAACUCCAAUCUGAUUUCAACGAAUUAAACGAAAAAUUCAACUCUGAAGUCUCAGCUCGUAACAAUGUCGAAAAGACCAAGAAAACUCUUGAAUCACAAUUAGCCACCGUCAACAAUGAACUCGACGAAGAAAAGAAAAAUCGUGAUGCUCUUGAAAAGAAAAAGAAAGCUUUAGACGCCAUGUUAGAAGAAAUGAAAGAUCAAUUAGAAUCAACUGGUGGUGAAAAGAAAUCACUUUAUGAUCUCAAAGUCAAACAAGAAUCUGAUAUGGAAGCUCUUCGUAACAAGAUUUCUGAAUUAGAAUCAACCAUCGCUAAAUUAGAAAAAGUUAAGGCUACUCUUGAAGGUGAAGUUUCACGUCUCCAAGGCGAAUUAGAAGCUGAACAAAACGCCAAAGCUGCUGUUGAAAAAGCCAAGAAGAAAGUUGAAUUAGAUUUAGAAGAUACCCGUAUUCAAUUAACUGAAGAAACCUCAUCUAAACAAAAUCUCGAAAAACUCAAGAAGAAAUUAGAACAAGAAAUCAGUGAAUUAAAUACUCAACUCAACGAAGUCAACAAUGCUAAAUCAUCUGGUGACUCUGCUCAAAAACACUUAGAAUCAACUGUUGCCACCCUCAAAGGUGAAUUAGAUGCUGAAGUUAAAUCCAAACAAGCUCUUGAAAAACGUAGAGUUACUUUAGAAUCUGAACUCAAACUCGUUAGUGAACAAUUAGAUGAAGAAAAGAAACAAAAAGAAACUUCAGAUAAACGUAAAGCUGAUCUCGAAAAAGAAGUUGCUGAACUCAAAGACCAAAUUGACGAAGAAAUCAAUGCCAAGAAAUCAGUCAAUGAAGCUAAAAACAAAAAAGAAUCAGAACUUGAUGAAAUCAAACGUCAAUAUGCUGAUGUUGUUUCUUCACGUGAUAAAGCUGUCGAACAAUUAAAAGCUCUUCAAUCCAAGAAUGAAGAAUUACGUACCAUUGCUGAAGAAGCUGAAGGUAACCUCGAUCGUGCUGAACGUGCCAAGAAGAAGGCUGAAUUUGAUUUAGAAGAAGCCAACAAGACCGUCGAAGAAGAAGCUACCAAGAGAACCAAAGCUGAAAAGAACCUUAAAAAAGUUGAAUCAGACUAUCGUUCCGUUAAAGCUGAACUCGAUGACUCUAAGAAUCUUUCAUCUGAACAAUACGUUCAAAUCAAACGUCUCAAUGAAGAAUUAUCUGAAUUACGUUCCGUUUUAGAAGAAGCUGAUGAUCGUUGCAACAAUGCCGUCAAAGCCAAGAAAGCUGCUGAAACUGCUCUUGAAUCAUUAAAAGACGAAAUUGAAGCUGCUCAAACUGCCAAGGUUAAAGCUGAAAAGAAAGCCAAGGAUGCUGAACAACGUGUCAUUGAAUUAGAAGAAAUGUUAGAAGACAAAUCAGGUACUGUCAAUGUCGAACAAAUCCGUAAGAAAGAUGCUGAAAUUGAUGACCUCAAAGCCCGUCUCGAACGUGAAACUGAAUCUCGUCAAAAAGCUGAAGAAGACAAGAAGAAUACCCGUAAACAAUUCUCUGAAUUAGAAGCUAAAGUCGAAGAAGCUGAACGUAACUCUUUAUCAAUUGAUCGUUUAAAGAAGAAAUUAGAAUCAGAUGUCAUUGAUCUCCAAACUCAAUUAGAUACCGAAACCAAAGCUCGUAGCAAAGCUGAAAAAGGUAAGAAGAAACUCGAACAAACCUUAGCUGAACGUCGUGCUGCUGAAGAAGGUUCAUCCAAAGCUGCUGAAGAAGAAAUUCGUAAACAAAUUUGGGCUGAAGUUGAUGAAUUACGUGCUCAAUUAGAUACUGAACGUUCAUCAUUAAACGCUUCAGAAAAGAAAGUCAAAUCAUUAGUUGCUGAAGUUGAAGAAGUCAAAGAACAAUUAGAAGACGAAAUCUUAGCUAAAGACAAAUUAGUUAAAGCCAAGAGAGCUCUUGAAGUUGAAUUAGAAGAAGUUAAAGAUCAAUUAGAAGAAGAAGAAGAUGCUCGUAACGAAUUAGAAGACCACAAACGUAAGAAAGAUUUAGAAGCUGAAGAACUCAAGAAGAAAUAUGAAGUUGAAUCUGAAUCAAACAUCAAACUCGAAGAAGCUAAGAAGAAAUUAACUGAAGACGUUGAAACCUUAAAGAAACAAUUAGAAGAAGAAAAGAAAGCUCGUGCUGAAUCAGAACGUGCCAAGAAACGUCUCGAAAGUGAAAACGAAGAUUACUUAGCCAAAUUAGAUGCUGAAGUUAAGAACCGUUCACGUGCUGAAAAAGAUCGUAAGAAAUACGAAAAAGAUCUCCGUGAUGUUAAAGGUAAACUUAACGAUGAAGCUGCCACCAAAACUCAAUCUGAACUCGGUGCUGCUAAACUCGAAGAUCAACUUGAAGAUUUACGUGUUAGAUUAGAACAAGAACAACUUAAGAAUGCUUCAUUCGAUAAGAGCAAGAAAACACUCGAAGGUCAAAUUGAAGAUUUACGUGCUCAAGUUGAAGAUGAAGGUAAAGUUAAGAUGAGAUUAGAAAAAGAAAAACGUGCUCUCGAAGGUGAACUCGAAGAAUUCCGUGAACAAGUUGAAGAAGCCGAAGAAGCCAAAUCUGAAGCUGAACAAGCCAAACGUCUCUUAGAAUUAGAACUCGAUGAUGCUCGUCGUAAUCUCCAAAAAGAAAUCGACGCCAAAGAAGCCGCUGAAGAUGCCAAGAACGGUUUACAACGUGAAGUCGUCGAAGCUAAAGGUCGUCUUGAAGAAGAAAUCAUCUCACGUACCAACUCUGAUCGUUCACGUAAGAGAUUAGAAGCCGAAAUUGAUGCUCUUACUGCCCAAGUUGAAGCUGAACAAAAAGCCAAGAACCAAGCCAUCAAAGAUACCAAGAAAGUUGAAACUGAACUCAAAGAAAUCAAAAAGAAAUAUGGUGAAAGCGAAAAGACCAAGACCAAAGAAGUUCUCACUGUUGAAAAACUUGAAUCAGAUCUCAAGAAAGCCAGAAAAGACUUCCAAGACGAACAACAAAACCGUCUCACUCUUGAAAACGAAAAGAGAAAAGUCGAAUCAGAAGUUGCUUUACUCAAAGAUUCAAUUGAUAAAUUACAACGUGACCACGACAAGACCAAACGUGAACUUGAAACUGAAACUCAAAGUAAACAAGAUAUGCAACGUCGUAUGGGUGAAUUCUUCUCUGGAUUCAAAGCCUAAACAACCAUCAACUCAUCAAAAUAAUAAUUGGAUUUAUUUAAACCAAUUCAUUUAAUCAUAAAAAAUAAAAAAAAACUUUUUUUUUUAACACACUCAAAAUU